AUGACUAUGGACGAUUUUGAAAUAGAGGAUGAUAAUGAACUAUUCAUGCAUACCUUAGAUACUCUCCCCGAAAAUUGCAAGAAGUACUGGCUGAAGCGUUACAUGCUCUUUAGUAAAUUCGAUGAGGGAGUGUAUAUGACAUCAGAGCUCUGGUAUUCGGUUACACCUGAAGACGUUGCCAUAUUUGUCGCUAAAUUGGUAAAAGAACUAAUUCCAGAAGCAGAACACAUCUUAGAUAUAUGCUGUGGUGGCGGAGGUAACUCUAUUCAGUUUGGAAAAUACUUCAAGUCAGUAGGUGCUAUUGAUAUUAACAAAAAUAAUCUCGCCUGCACAGAGCACAAUGCAUCAAUAUAUGGUGUAAAGGAACACCUUUGGGUAUAUCAAGGAGAUUGGAAUGAAAUGGCUUCUACUAAGAAGUCAGGGGCAGUCAAUAAGUCAUGGAUUCCAAAACUGGUCACUCAUGGAAAAUCAGGGAAGCCAUUCGACUUGGUAUUCACUUCUCCACCUUGGGGUGGCCCACUGUAUAAGGACCAGACCACAUUUGAUCUUUCGAAAAUGGAGCCCUUUUCAGUGAAGGCGUUUGCCAAACAGAUAUUACAAUAUACUGAUAAUUUUAUCAUGUAUUUACCAAGAAAUCUGGAUUUAGAUCAACUUAGGGAGGUUACAUCCGAGCUUAUGGGUUCAAAAGCCAAAUGCAGGAUUCUUUACAUAGAACAGUUUGGGUACUGUGUUGCACUUUUAGCACUUUUCGGGGAGAAAUUAACUACUGGUGAUAUUGACUAUAAAAAUAUUUUCCCCGAAGAUUUGGAAGAGGGUGCUUUAGUUGUUAAAACUCCAGAAGCUGAUGAAUGA